AUGGUUGGUAUUGCAGACGUUAGAAAGAAACUAGUCAUUGUUGGAGACGGUGCCUGCGGGAAGACGUGUCUUCUCAUUGUCUUCUCCAAGGGGGCCUUCCCAGAGAUGUACGUUCCUACUGUUUUCGAGAACUACGUUGCCGACGUUGAGGUGGAUGGCAGAAGAGUUGAGUUGGCUCUCUGGGAUACUGCCGGCCAAGAAGAUUAUGACCGUCUUAGACCUCUAUCCUACCCGGAUUCAAACAUCAUUUUGAUUUGUUUCAGUGUCGAUUCCCCAGACACCUUGGACAAUGUCCAAGAGAAGUGGAUUUCUGAAGUCUUGCACUUUUGUCAGGGCGUUCCUAUCAUUCUCGUUGGUUGUAAGAUUGAUUUAAGAAAUGAUCCGGAAACUAUCAAUAGACUCUCUGCCGCUGGACAACAGCCAGUUUCCACUUCAGAAGGACAAGAAGUUGCAGACAAAAUCAGGGCAAUCACAUACAUGGAAUGUUCUGCUAAACUAAACCAGGGCGUGAGAGAAGUCUUUGAGGCUGCAACGAGAGCAGCCUUGGAGACAAAGGAGAAGGAAACAAAGAAGAAAAAAUGUACUAUUCUGUAG